AUGAAGGAGUUUCUCCUACUAAUGUGUCUUUAUCUGCUUGGAUCUGCCAGAGGGGCAUCAGGCAAGCCUGAUAAGCCUCCUGGCUCCACGAAUCAUCAAGCUUCUGUUCAGCGACUUUCAGGUGAGCACUUUUCACUCUCAAACCCUUCAGGCAAAGUGGCUUUGUACGUGACUUCUCCAGGCAAGAUUGCUUUAAGUGAGCGCCCUUCCGAAGAGCACACUUUAGUUGGGCGCGCUUUGGGGGAGCACGGUUCAGGGAAACACACUUCAGGCGAGCCCAGUUCCAGUGAGCACGCUGCCGGGAGUGAGCCUGCUGCCGACGAACAGCCUUCCGGUGAUCAGCCCUCGGGAGAAAAGCCUUUCAGUGACCAGCCUUCUGGUGACUCCGGUGAACAGCCUUCCGGCGACCAGUCUUCAGGUGAACAGCCUCCGGGUAGAAAGCCUUUGGGUGAUCAGUCUUUGGAUGAAAAGCCUUCAGGUGAACAGGCUUCGGGUGAAGAUGACUUAGGUGAACCGGCUUCUGGUGAACAGGACUCAGGCGAAAAGCAGUUGGGGGAACAGCCUGCAGACAUUCCAUCGUCCAACACUUCUUCAGCCCCAGCAUUGAAAUGUGUCACAUGCUCUUACAUGAGUGAUCAGGGAAAAUGUCUUCGUGGAGAGGGAGUCUGCUCCGCUCAGAAGUCCCAGCAGUGCAUGUUGAAGAAGAUCUUUGAAGCUGGAAAACUCCAAUUCAUGGUUCAGGGGUGUGAGAACAUGUGCCCAUCCAUGAACCUCUUCUCCCACGGGACGAGGAUGCACAUUAUAUGCUGCAAGAACCAGUCUUUCUGCAACAGGAUCUAG